CUUUCGACAAUAAAAAUCCUUCACAUUUACGAUCAGCGUUCCUCCUCGUCCGGGGCCGUACGUUGAGGAAGGAAAACAAUCUUUGUACUUCGACUUGAGAAAUCGCUUCAGUUGUACCAAGACAAGCACCUGUUAAACUGGACAUCCAUGGGGUGAUAAGAACGAGGGACAAAACCACAUCCAAGAGUUUCAUACAGGAAGUUACCUUCUUUUUGUGUUUUGGAGCCCUUGUGUCAAAAUAGUCCGCAAUGUCAGCAUCAGAAGAUAGCGACAAGCCCUUCGUUUGCGGCAUAUGUGGCAAAGCGUUCCCUCUGAUGGCCACCCUCCAGCGUCACCACAGAUACCACACAGGCCAGGCCCCGUUCCUGUGCACGGUCUGCGACAAGACGUUCAUCCAGGCAAACAGCCUCAGGACUCACUUGAGGAUCCACACGGGACAGAAACCCUUCCUGUGCAAGACCUGCGGCAACUCCUUCACGCAGGAGAGCAGCCUACGACGUCACCGAGUGCGCCACGGUGACAAAAAGAAGGCUCUAUCGUGCCAUAUUUGUGGCAAGAGUUUCCCCAAUCGAGCAAAACUCAAAUGGCACCGGAGUGUCCAUACCGGCGAAAAGAAGUUGUUCUCCUGUGACAUCUGUGGCAACAGUUUCACUCAGGAAAGCAGCCUGAAGCGGCACAGAGUUGCCCACAUGGAAGACACAAAACAAACCGAAGUAAAGAAAGACAAAAAGAAACUGCCAUUUUACAGCACUUGCGGCGAGGUUUUCCCCGCUCAAGCCAAUCUCCAGCAUCAGCAUUGUACCAGUGUGAGCGGGAAACAAUUCGUUUGUGAUGUUUGUGGCAAAUCAUUCACCCGAGCCAGCAAUCUGCGGAAACACGACAGGAAACACACUGGUGAGAAACCGUACGUCUGCGACUUGUGUGGCAGGGCCUUCCCUGUAAAAUCUAAACUGAAACGUCACCAACUGGAUGCACACAGUGAAGAGGAACAAAUUGCUAGCAGCUCUCAUGGAAAAAACUCCCAGGAAACUAGUGCAGAGCAUCAUGAGAAAGUGUGCGCCAGAGACAAACCUGUCCCAAAUGUCGUUCACGUUCAUGAGAAAAACGACAUUCAACAAAACAGCAAUGCCAGGACCCAGCUGCAAGUACAAGUCACUUCUUCGAAAGCUAAACAAUUGGCGCGUGGUUCUUGUGACGACCUCUCCAUAGAAGUACUUCACUUGAGUCCCCUCAAAGUAAAACAUCAUGUCCGAGAUUUUUGCUGCGAAGUUUUCUCUCACAAGUGGAACCUGGAGCGUUAUCAGAGGAUCCACUUUCCGGAGAGACCGUAUGUGUGCGAUCGUUGCGGCAAAGCUUUCCCAUACUUGUGGACUCUGGAGUGUCAUGCACGGUCCCACACUGAACCGAAACAACUCUUCUCUGAAACCUGUAGCCAGGCCUUUACGCAGGAAACACGACUCGACAUCCAAGAGGGCGCCCACACCAUACAGGAACCAUCCGUUUGUGACCAGAUCUGAACUGAACUCAGGAAACACAACUCCAAGCACUUGGGAUAGAAACUUUACAGGGUACAUGUACAUUGUACGCAUUGGGCAAUAUCCGAAGAAAAGCUUGUGUUACACUAACUAGAAGUAUUUACUAAUGUUUGGUCAUUUUUACUGGUUAUAUACGUAUGUAUAUACAUUUGUACGUAUGUUGAUCAUUGCCAAUUUUUCAAGGAUCCUUAGAGGAAAGCGCAUUUGUCACAUUUCAAACCUAAUAUGUGUUGUUUUCUUUGUUUGACCCCAAAAUUUAAAACUACAUGGCCUGUCUUUCCUUUGUGUAAAGUCAACCAUUACCAUGUACACAAUUCGACCUUUAUUUGACCUGAAUUCUUACAUUUUAAUAUUUUCCCUUUCAAGUACACAAUCUUGCCAUCUUCGCUUUGGCUUGCAUAGGCAUUUGUCCAACCGAACACUUUAAUUAUGUUGUUCUUUUAUUUAAGAUUUUGUUGAUCUUCUUCAUAUCCUGAUAGACCAAUCCGGGCCCGCUGUCAAUUCUAUCGCGAAGGCCCCCUUCAGUGGCGAAAGCAUUGCGCUAGCUAUUGUUCAGACAAUCCAUCACAAUAGCUUGCACAAUGCUUUCGCCAUUGCCGGGGGCCUCAUGAGUAUACAGUCAUCAUGUGUCCAAAUUUGCCCAGAUAGUGCAGAGUCCGGGAAGCAAUUUAGAACCAACAUCCACUACCCUUGGCUAAGAUAUAUUUUUUGUACGAUAUGUACUGAAGACGACUGGGUAUAAUUAUAUGAAUACUUUGUCAAUGUGAAUUUGCCCAAUUUGCCCAAACAUAUGUCAGCAUUAUGAAAUACAGAACAUUUCUACUCUAUUUUAUUGUCACUCAAGCAAGCUGGGAUUAGAUUAGAUUUCAACAGCUUUUGAAGUUCAUUUCCUGUGCUGCACUAAUAUUAGAUUGAUGUUUAAGAUAAUCAAGAUUAGAAUAAUCAAGUCGACAAUAGUCAAGAUUUUAAUGUUUAAAUUCUUUAAUUCAAUUUAUAGAUUAAUGCAUAGUUUAUGAACAUGUACGAUAUACAUGUAUUGUGUAGUUCUCAGCGCAUCACCUGUGAAAUUUUCAAAUUUCAGUUCUUCUGUCAGAUAAUGUGUGAAGUAUAAUGGAUUGUAGCUUACAUGCAGUGUUGUUAUUUUGUAUCAUGCGUAAUGCAGUAAUUAAUUACAAUAAAUGUUUUACUUUCUUGAUAAUGCAUCAUAGUGGGGCAAAUAGGGGGAAUAUUUGGGGGAAUUACAAGUGCCUUUGACGAUACAAGCAUGGCAUUUGGCACACAGUCAGGGUAUGUCUUAAGAAAGAUAUUUGGCUUGCGAGCCAUUGCAGAUUCGUCCUUUGAAAAAUAUAGGUAGAAUAACAAGCAAUUUUCAAAAUGGCUGCCAUUGCUUGUUCUACCUAUAUUUUUUAAAGGACAAAUCUGCGAUGGCCCUAUAGCCAAAUAUCUUUCUCAUGACAUACUCUGACUGCUUUGCCAAAUGCCAUGCUUUUAUCAUCCAGGCACAAUCUUAUCACCUAUUCGCCGUACUAUAAAAACCCACCAAGAUCGUGAUAUCAGAAAAUAUUUGCAAUAUUCCCUUGAGUUUGGCUCGGUGCAAAAUAUUUUAUAACGUCUUUUGUAUUUUGAUACAAAAACAAAAGUAGUAAUUGUAUCCCAUUUAUGUCCACUUUUAUGUCUUGUAAUCUUUUAUAUUGGGAAAAGCACAAAAACUGACGAAUCAAAUAAAUCAAAUUUUAUAAUUAUCAGGAGAUAAUAAUAUCAUUUUAUCAUUAUUGAGAAAAAAAUUGAGAAAGAUUAUUUCGUUUUUAAAUAUAUGAAAAAUAGGAAUUCACAAGGACAUACAUUGUAUAUAUGAAUGGGAAUAUCUGUACAAUAAAGUGUGCAUACAGUGUAUCUAAUAAUGAGUACAAAAAAUGUGCUCAUCUUUGUAUAAUUAUGCAGUUGUAUUUAAAAACAACAAUGAUGUGCACAGCACAAGUAACACAUUUCUUUCUUAUAUGUGUCACAUUAGAAUUAUGUUUAAAACUAUUUGUUAUAGUGUAUUUAUAUUGUGCUGUGAAAAGUAAGUGUUGAAGAGAACAAAAAAAAAUCCUUUUAAUUGCAAUUUUCAGCUAAAAGAUGCAUGGCAUUUUAGGAGAAAAGGGAAGUUUUAGUAUUUAUGCUACUCAGGAAUAUGUAUUGUCACAAUUCAUACCCAUAAUUUGUAUCUGUAGUUGAAAAAUUGUCAAAGGUAUUAAUCCACAUUUUCUUGCAAACUUCUCUGCUUUUGCAUUAAUGAAGGAAAAAAGAAGAAAUUCAUCUUAAUUUGUGAUUAAAUAUUUUGUUGUCAUUUUUACAAAAGGGAUAGUACAUUUAAGUCCUAAUUUUAAUGAUUUUUUUUCUUUCUUUUUUUUUCAACAUGUUUAAAUUCUGUCUUACGAUUUUGUCUGAAAUGAAGAAAAAAAUGCUGUAAAAGGAAAAAAAUAAAAACAUACCUUCGACAUGUAACAUA